AUGUCGUCGACCAUUUUUGCCCUUUCUACUAAACCGGGUAGAGCGGCAAUUGGUGUGGUUCGGAUACUGGGCUCUCACAGUAAGCACAUUUAUCAUAACUUGACAAAAAGCCGAUUGCCGCCAGUACCCAGACAGGCCAGUUUGCGCAAGCUCUAUGGCAAACAAGGUGUUUUAGAUCACGCUGUUACUCUUUACUUCAAUGGCCCUAAAUCUUAUACUGGCGAGGAUUCUUUGGAGCUUCACCUCCAUGGUGGAACUGCCAUUGUCAAAGCUGUAUUAGAUGCAAUCGGUAAACUACAUAGCCCCAAGGAUGGCGUAUUGAUCCGAUAUGCCGAACAAGGUGAAUUCUCGAGGAGAGCUUUCAUGAACGGAAGACUAGAUUUGACAGAAGUUGAGGGAAUACGAGAGCUAAUAGAUGCAGAAACCGAGACGCAGCGUUUGGGCGCGAUGGAUUCUCUCUCGGGAAAUACCAAAAAACUCAUGCAGAGAUGGCGCUCCGAUAUUGUCAACAAUGUGGCGCUUAUCACGACAGUUAUUGAUUUUGGGGAGGAACACGAUUUGGAGGAAACCUCGCAACUUAUCAAACAGGUAGACCUGAACAUUGAAUCCCUAAUACUCGAGAUUAAAGAUUACUGCAAGAGGGUUAAGGGCUCCGAAAUUUUGCGGAGUGGAAUAGGUGUCUGUUUGACAGGACCUCCCAAUGCUGGCAAGCUGUCGUUACUCAAUGAGCUAGGUAGUAGUGACCUUGCAAUUGUCUCAGACGAGGCCGGUACAACCAGGGAUAUCAUUGAUGUCGCUAUGGACAUAUCCGGGUAUAAAGUGAUUGUUGGCGAUACAGCGGGCAUUCGUGAUCUACUGGAAGCCAGCGCCAUCGAACAAGAAGGUAUCCGGAGGGCAAAGCUCCAUGCUGUGCUGCGAGACUUGAUUGUGGCUGUUCUCUCUGGUCCCGAAGAAAUUAACGAUGAGUUCCGAAAACAUAUUUCUUUGCUACAAGAGACGGGAAAACCAAUUCUAAUAGUGGUGAACAAAAUAGAUUUGUGGGAAAAUAUCGACACUACUGAGAUACAGAGCAAAUUUGCUGCAGAUCUCUCAGUAGACCCUAAUUGUAUCUACCCAAUAUCGUGUCUUUCGGGAACAGGUUUAGACGCAUUGCGUGAUCAGCUUGUAGCCCGAUUCAAGGAGCUCUCGUUGUCAACAGAAAGUGAUCCAGUUGUCAUUUCGGCAAGAGCGUUAGACUUGCUACAGAAUGACGUUAUUUAUAGCUUGGAAGAGUUUCGCCAGUGGAGCGAUUCAGACGAUGUUGUUCUUGCUGCCGAAUGUCUACGCGGCGCUGUUGAAGGCAUUGGCAAAAUCACAGGAGACGCUGUGGGCGUAGAAGAGAUACUUGGUGUGGUGUUUUCCAGUUUUUGUAUUGGUAAGUAA